AUGCGACGAGGAGUGCUCCUCGUUUUCCUGGGCCUUCAUGCAGAUGCCUUGAACAUUACCAGGCGCUGGGGCAACGACGCAGCCCUGCGGGCGUGCUUCGGCGAGAACUACAAGAGAGCAAGCUCGAUUCAGCAUUGCUUUCAGGAGCAUGACACGCGCAACACGUGUUGCAUGAUGGACAAGAAGACCAGAGACGCCAACGAUGCUGCAGGCAACCCCAUUGGGCAAGCUUCACUGGAAGCUGCCCGACAGAUUGCAGGGAAGAGUUCUGAGGAGAUGCCGGACAGCGAUGAGUUACUGACGCCCUGGUGUACUUGCUUCGGGUCCCAGGUUUGCUCACACUACGCACAGAGCACGAGCACCAAAGUGAAGUUCGUGAACGACUGCGGCUGUGCCUCCGGGACCCCGGGCAAGGGCUUCUGCAUGUCGAGCAUCUCCAGUUCCGCGAUCUCCGGCUGCGAAGGCUGGGCUCGCGAACAGAUGCAGAUGCCAGGCCAUGCCACUCCAGGCGUCUCCAAACCGAAGGACGGCGACAACAACUGUCCGGCGCUUCAAGGGAAAGCGGAGGUGGACAUCAGUAGCUGCUGA